AUGUUGAAAUGGCUGUCGAGAUGUGUGCCGGGGUUGAGCCUGCUGUUCCUCGUAUGCUUGCUCGCGCUGGCAUUUCCGGAGGCCACAACUUGGAUUGCGUAUCUUCCAUACCCUGGAAAAGGGCCAGUCGUGCCACCUUCUCAGGAUGACCGACAGAAGCGCAAGUUAGCCCUCUCGCUCGCCCAGAAAUUCUUCAUCGGCUACACCGUUUUGAUUCAUUGCAAUGCCUUGACCUUCACCUUGCGGCUGGGCUGGGCACUUUCACAGAUGGUCAAGCAAACUCGUGCCCUGCUUCGUCGUCGUCCUGCUACCAAGUCUUUUGCUAGCCCUAGCGGAUCCAAUUCACCGCUGCUUUCCGACAGCCCGACUCUCAGUCCCAGCUCGACGUCUGAACUAGACCCGAAGAGCUUCGAUCUCGGAUCGCUGGAAGAAGGUGAGGAUGGGGAGGUUGUGCAUGCCAUCAUCUUGCCAAACUACUCCGAGGAUUUGGACACAUUGCAGACAACCCUGAAAGUACUUGCCAGCCAUCCGCGGGCUGCCACCCAAUACGAGAUUUUUCUUGCUAUGGAGCAGAAAGAGCUUAAAGCCCCUGAAAAGGCGGUCACUCUGAUUUCGUCCUUCCAAGGUCAUUUUAAAGACAUCUGCAGCACCUUCCACCCGGCAGGCUUAACGGGGGAAAUCAGCGGAAAGAGUUCGAACGUCGCCUGGGCUGCCAAACAUAUCGUACAAACGCAUCGAUCUGACGAGCAAAGCGUUGACCCAAGAGAUGUCAUCAUCACUGUCAUGGAUGCCGACACACAUCUUGCACAGGAUUACUUUAAUGAAAUCCGUCGCCUGCAUUGGCUUCAUAACACCGUUGCCGAUCACGCCUUCUACGCUUCGCCCAUCAUUUUUGACCGCAACUCGAACAAUGUCCCUGUUCUGGUGCGCUGUGCCGAUCUUUUAUGGGCAUUCGCUGGUUUAUCUGCCAUGUACCCUGGUUGUCCUAUUGUUAUCCCGACCUCGGUCUACUCUCUCCCCUUGUCGCUGGCUGAAAAAGUUGGCGGCUGGGAUGGCGACCCGACCGCAAUCGGUGAAGACAUGCACAUGCUCCUCAAGUGCUAUUUCGAAACUGGCGGUGACGUCGUGACUCAUGUUGUUUUUAGCCCGGCUAGCCAAUGCAAUAUUCAAAGCAGUGGCGAUGGCAACUGGGGUCCGUACUCUUCAACCCUUCUCGCGCGAUACCGACAAGCCUUGCGCCAUAUGUGGGGAGCCCUAGACACCGGUUACUCCGUCCGCCAGAGUAUGGGCAUCGCCAACAAGAAAUCCCAACGACUUAGCCUGAAGCCCCGUCACAUUGCACUCUGCCAUCUACUAUUCGAAGCCCACUUCCUCCCUUGCCAUCUCACCAUCCUACUCAUCUUCUCCGCCAUCUACACCACCUACACUGACCCCUCCGAAAUCCACCCCACAAUCGCCUGGGCAUUCUACAUCACUGGUGUCAUCCGUGGCGUCUCCUUCGUCUCCAUGAAUCUGUGCAUCGCGCUCUACGACCGCUGGCACUCUCUCUGCGUCACCACUCGUGCGCGCGACAUGGCCAAAGCCGGGCUAAGCGACACUGGCUUCUCCUUCCGCGUCUGGUACCGCCCACAACAAUUACUGGAACGAAUUGCAUUCCCUGUCGCCGGCACAAUCUUCGGGUCUAUCCCCGCGAUCCACGCCGAAAUGUCGCAUUUCUGGACCGACCGGUUGGUGUAUCGGGUGAGCAAGAAACCCAGCUUUUCAUCGCCGAUCAACACACCCGAGAUUCUGCCGUUGUAA